UAGAAACCUGAGGGUCUCAUAGGCUAUACUUGUGGGGGGGUGAAGACUAUACCGGAAAAAAAGGACUGCAGGAAUUAUAAACACAGAGAGCUGCGGAGCGCGCAAAGGGCAGUGUGGGUAAACUUCGUCGCUGUCCAUGGUGCUGAAUCUGCCUGGGAGCGUCAUUUUCUCUCUCUCUCUAUACGGACCUGUGUCGAACCUGGGCAUGAUAAUAAUGAUGAUGAGGAUGAGGAUGAUGAUGAUGGACGCCUACAGUUGUUAACACCAGCAGCAUGAAGGACUUGUGGAUUUAAAAAACCCCUCAAUGAAGACUCCUCGGCUCGACAAAAUGUUUGUGAAGACAUCAUCAUCAUCUGUCACGUACUUUCACUGGCUGUCGAUUUACUGACCAGCUCGAGUCCGAUUAUUCAGCCAGCAAGCCGUUCAUUCAUUCAUUCAUCAACAUGUUAUAAUGAACUAUAUAGUUGCCCUUCAAGCAUAUAGGAGAUCUGCGUUUUAAUAUCUAAAAGAAGAGCAACCUGAGACACCUGCAAGGAGAGACAGACAUGGCUCGCCUGCUUGUUUUGGUCAACUCCGUGGUCCUGUUGCUUUUUGGCAGCGACAUGUUCUUGGUAGGAGCGAUUUGUGUGUGUGUGUGUGUGUGUGUGUGUGUGUGUGUGUUUGUGUGUGUUGCACAUGUGCCCAUCUCUCACCUCCCGGCAGCUGUUAUUGCCCUGUUCUGCCGACAGUAUGACAUCAUCAAAGACAACGACUCCAGUAACAGUAAGGAGAAGGCCAAGCCGUCGUCGGAGAGGAGCACGCCGGAGCACCACAGCGGAGGGCUGCUGAGGAGCAAGUUUCAUCCUUCUGUGCCGUCUAUCAACAUCAUUGAAGUUUGAGAAGAAGGAAGCUGAAGUUAAAUCCCUGUCUCUCUUCUACCAUCGAUGCAUUUUCCACCUUUCUCACUGAUGAGGAAAAAAAAGCUGAUAACAUGUUUAGUUUCUGUGGGUCAUCAUCAGUGAAUAAGGCUGGCUGAGGCUGUGUUUGCAAAAGACACA